UAAAUACCUUCGUCCUCACAGGCUUGAUCAUCAGCCCUGUUUAACUUCACAUUUCACCAAGUACGUACGUACGUACAAGCCAGUGAUCUCUAUACUGAUCUCUAGCCAUGGCUCUCUCAAAGCUUCUGCUUGCUUCUUUUCUUGUCUCUCUCCUCCUUCUCCAUAACUUAGCUCAUGCUCAUCAAACGGAACAGGAAAGCAUCACGUCCUCUCUCUAUCAGCAGAUAGAUUGUAAAGGAGGUUGUAGCGCGAGAUGUCGGUUGUCAUCUCGGCCGAGGCUGUGCCAAAGAGCGUGCGGAACCUGCUGCCGGCGAUGCAACUGUGUACCGCCGGGCACUGCGGGCAACCAAGAAAUGUGUCCCUGUUAUGCUAACUUGACUACUCAUGGCGGCAGGCGCAAGUGCCCUUAGCUUCUGAAGCAAAGUUUACAUUGAUCACAAACUACUAAUAAUGGCUUUCAAUUAUGUUAUGUAUGUUAUGUCAAUAUUUUUCAUUUGGUUGCUAUCAUAACCAUGUAUGUGGAUGUAUGUUUAUUGACAGUUUGUGUUUCUUCUUGAUUGCUAUGAUGGAUUGGUGUGAAUUGUGAAAUAAUAUUUGUAUUUGAUGAAA